AUGCAAAAUUUGAAGUCCAGCCUAAACAGGCUUUGGCCUCUGCUUGCCAUCGUGCUGCUCACCUGGCUGAACCUGAACAACUUGAGCUCGGUGCAGGCCGCUGACAGUGAUGACCAGGGUGUCAUAGCCUUUCCAUCUAAAUGCGAGUGCUCGCUGACCAUGACCUGCAACUGCUGCGUGGGCGCAGUCUUCAAGGUCAUGGACGUAAACAAGACGCUUUGCAUGUCAUUCAAGCUAAAUAUACUCAAAGGCUCCGUUGAUGUGACUGUUACGCUGGAUAACGAUCAAGUGUCCAAGUUUACGCUGGACUCCAAGACCACGCCCACUUUCUGUCUGCCCGUACUGUCGGACUUAACGCCCAUGGCCGUAUGCCUGAAGCUGAACUCGAAGAUGUCGGGCCUGAUGGCCAUCAACAUGUGCCCCAGUUUCUAUAGCAGCUUCUCAGAGACCCAACUGCUGGAAUUUGAUUUCCCAUGCCUCAAACUGGGCGUGGAUGGCCUAAGUAUUGCCUAG